AUGGUAUUUUAUAUGUAUGAUCAGUUCAACGCUAUUGUCAAGGCUGCAUAUUUCAACUUUUUGCCGUUCUUCUCUCAAACUCACGAGCAGCCAUCGGCCCAAGGAAUCACGCCCACUACAGCUGAGGGUACACAGAAGCAGAGGGCAAUGGACUGUGAUAAUUCGGGCGGCGGCUAUUACAUGGAACAGCCUACAAGUGUAAAUACCGUGGGUCUCACUCUAUACGACAACCCAGUUGGACAACUAUAUUGGAUCAUUGAAAAGUUCGUCAUUUCAAUUGAGUUUGCCGGAUACUUUCCAGCGCUGGAUAACCCGCCUACAUUGGCCGAUGACAUUAGAUUGAUUGGAAAAUACUUUGAAUCGUAA